GUGUAAGUAAGGGCGGGGCGUCGGAGGCGUUUAGAAUACAAGGUAACCUGAAGCUGGCGUGGUUAUCUGAUCGCUGCGGGCUUGUUCACAAGUAACGAUUCUCCCGGUCGGUGUGGAACGUGCACGGAGGCGCCAUGAUCCCAGAAGAUGGAAGUGAACCAGGAUGUGUCUGUUAGAGAGCAGAUUUUCCACGACUGGGUCCGGGAAUGCAUAAUCUGCAGCCUGCUUUUCUCCACGCUUUAUCUUCUCUCUUACAUAGUUAUCACCAAAUUUAAAAAGCAUGCCGACUUUGCCACAGUCGAUGUUGAAGAUGCUGCCGUUAACAGAAUUGCGCUCUGGAUGUGCACAUUCACACUGGCCGUGUCCGUGGGUGCAGUACUGCUGCUUCCCUUCUCCAUCAUCAGUAACGAGGUGCUACUCUCCGUGCCCCACAAUUAUUACAUCCAGUGGCUCAACGGCUCCCUCAUCCAUGGCCUCUGGAACCUGGUCUUCCUUUUCUCCAACUUGUCAUUAGUGUUUCUGAUGCCUUUUGCCUAUCUCUUCACUGAGGCUGAAGGAUUUGCUGGAUCUAAAAAGGGAGUCAUGUCCCGUGUAUAUGAGACCACUGUGGUACUGCUGCUCCUCACACUCCUCGUAUUUGGCAUUGUUUGGGUUGCAUCAGCAAUCUUCGAUGAUGACUCAGCUGGCCGCGAAUCUCUUUACGUGUGCACUCCCUUUGGCCUCUCUCGGAUGUUCUCUGUAACUGGAAAUCUGCUGGUCAAACCACGGUUGCUGGAAAACCUAGAGGAGCACCUGAGCUGUACAGCCUUUGAGGAAGCUGCCAUCUCUCGCAAAAUCUCCACCAAAGCAUCCUGCUGGCUGAACCUUAACAUGGAAGCCUUGCAGAAACGGCUGCUGGCCAUCCAAAGCCACAGAAUAACUCUAGAGAUGAGGAGGAGAGCGUCUCCCUGGCAGCGUAACCUGGUGUAUCCCCUCGCCAUGCUGCUCCUACUGGCUCUCACAGGGAUUACUGUGCUGAUUGUGUGUGUGAAUGUCCUAGAACUUCUUAUUGAUGAGGCCGCUAUGCCAAAGGGAAUACAGAGUUCUCAGCUCGGGAAGGUUUCUUUCUCCGUUUUUGGUUCAUUUGGAGCAGCUGUGCAAGUCAUCCUUAUCUUCUAUCUAAUGGCCUCCUCUGUAGUGGGGUUUUACAGUUCUCCACUUUUUAUUCAGCUCCUGCCUCAGAAGCAGAACACACCCAUGACCAAAAUUAUCGGGAACUGUGUGUCCCUCCUCAUUCUCAGCUCUGCUCUCCCUGUGUUUUCCCGGACUUUAGGUAUCACCAGAUUUGAUCUUCUUGGGGACUUUGGGCGCUUCAACUGGUUGGGAAACUUUUACCUUAUCCUCCUGUACAAUAUGAUGUUUGCUGGUCUCGCCACGCUUUGUCUGGUGAAGAAGUUUACCUGGGCAGUACAGGCUGAACUAAUCCGUGCAUUUGGUCUGGACCGCUUACCCCUCUCGGUCAAAAAAAUUCGCAGUCAAGGCAAAGCUUGAGUUAUCUCUGAAGUCAUUGUUUUUGAGUCAAGCACUUGGAAGAGAUCAGCCAGAUAAUCUCUGGAUCCACGAAAGAGGAAAACAAAUAUGCCCAGUGGAUUCUAUGUGCUUGUUGGGUAAACACUGUGUUUGGGAUGGAUACUUCUAGCCUGUGGGCUGCUUGCAAUGUGCGUCCAUCUAAUGAACAGUAUUGGAAGGCUUUCUGGGCCAGAUGAAGAUGUUGGACACAGAGAAACUGUACUCAAUCAUUAAAACCAGCUGAGCCUACUCAGGGGUGAAUAGACUCCCUCCCCUGACCAUUGCUUGAAUGAAAAGUCUGCUGCUAAAGAGGGGGGCGUUCAUGAAGAAAUGUGAGAUGUUAUCAAUGUGGCCAUCACUCAGAUGUGUUGUAAUCACAAUACCACAUUUUAAAGUGGAUUAUAUUCUGAAAUUGCCUUCAGGAUCCACCUCUGCUUGUUUACAUAGACUUCACUCCAUGCUUUGGGACCUUCUGUUCACACCUUAAUGAAAACUGUGCAAAGACUCACCAGCACCCUUAUAUAUCCCAUGCUUUCCUCUUUUAUAGAGGGAGCCUUGGACUUAAGGGAUGUAAGCUGUGAAUUUUUUUUUUUUUUAUUUGUGGUGCUUCCGCCAUAAUGUUGGUGUCUGUUGUGUUGUUCUAAAUGUCUGUGAGGGAGUGAUUCAUGAUAAACAUUACAGUGGAAUUGAGCGUGGAUGACCUAUGGUCAUUUUUACUUAAACGUUCAUUGCUGCUUUAUUUGUUUUGUGUGAAUUGCAGUUGGUCUACGCAUACAGUAUUUCAUAACGUAAUUUAUUUUGUGUUCUGCCUGUAGCUGAGACAGAGGAGGAAGUUUGUAUAUAGAUUGUAUAACAAGGCAUGGGGUUGCAGUGGUGGUAUUGCAUGGAGUCUCUCUCUACCCAACCGACUGCAGCGUGAUAACAAAUUCCAUUUUCCUUAGUUACUGUCGCUGCCUUAUCCUGAGAGUUUGGUUAUAAACUGUCAUGGCUUCUGUUCUACAUUCUACUUCCCAGCUCGUCGCAACUUAAUGAAUAUUUGGUGUUCUGUAGACAUCACCCAUACUGUAGGCUGCUGCAGAGCCCUGUUCUUAACUCUUUCACAGCGGCAAAAAUAUCAGUCCAUUAGUUUCACACUUGUUAUAUUCCGUGAGCAGCCAAUGGUUGGUUAUCCUUUGAUCAAGGCCGCUUAUGUCAAAUCUGUUUUCUUUAUGCUGAUUCUAACCUGUAAACUGUGGGUUACGCCCCACUCAUACACCAAUGCAUUAACCAAUCAACUUUUAUAAUUGGCCUAUGCUAAUGAUAUUCUGACAGCAGAGGAUAGGUGAGAGAUAAGUUGAUACACAAAUCUAGGUUAAGGUUCUGUUUAACACAAUAACAUUACAAACAAGAUCACAUAAGCACCGCACAAUCACAGUGGUAUCAUUUUUAGCAAAAUUUUGGCUUAGCAUUACAAUUUUUUAAAUGUGUGUGUGUGUGUGUUGGGGGGACGGAUGUAUUAAAAGGUGCACAAGUUUGUUCCAGGUCUAGCAACCCCUAGUAGUCAGUUGGAAGUUUGCUUUUUAAAAAGCGGUCUGAUUAUUGGUUGCUAGUAAUGUUGCACCUGAUAUUUUACUACCCCCCCCCCCAAUACUUUUAUGUGCCAUUUUCACUACGUCUUAUCUUGAAACCUCAAACUCGUCAAGUGCCGGCAGUGUGAAAUUUUAAGAGAUGCAAUAAGCCACCCUCGCUUGUAGAGUAGAGACGGACCACUUCAUGCAAUGUCUUUUGAGCACCGACCAUACACUGCACUGACUCACGUGUAUAAAUGUUAGUUUUACUGAAAAAGGAGCAUAGACAUAGUUUGUAUUUAUGCCAACGAUUAUUACACUAUUUUUAAUUAAUUUAAAACAUUUCUAAUUAUUUUUAUACAGAAUUUCUAAUUAUGUUACCAAAUAGCAUCUUUAAGAAAAAAAAAAAAAGUUUUAUGGUAGAUGUUUGUGUGUUAAUACAUCUUGCCUUGUCUCUUGCUGGAUUAAACAUGGCCGAUGUGCUGCUUUACAAUAUUUGUUUUGGUAAGGAAAAAAAAUGAAAUUCUGAGCUAUGAAGCUGUUUUUUUGUUAUUUUUAUUAUUUCUUUUUUAUUCUUUGGUGUGAAACCUGUUGACUAUUUUUAUUAUUGUAGGGGGAGGGGGAUUAUAGAGAAGUUUAAAAGGCCAUGAGUAGAAUUUAUGUUGAGACAGGGUAUGGUAAUACCUUCUUAAAGUGACUACUAACAAGGACACUAUUCCGUUAUUUGUGGGCUGUAAUGUAUAUUCCAGUUUCUGUUAUGACUUUGUUUUGUCAAAGCAUGUAUUGUCCUAUUGUAACUCUCAUUUCAGGAGAUUAAUGCUGAUGUCACAAUAUUGUGAUUGACUCGUCUUUUAUCAGGUUAAAGUCAUAGCUAUGAAACCCCUGGCAUUUUCAUCAGUCACAGAAAGAGACAUCCGUUUUUCUCAAUAUGAAUGCACAGAGGUCCUAUGCGCAUCUAUUUGCUGUGAAACAAACCUUUAUUUCUACACUGCCCAUUAGAUAUAUAAGUGAGCCACGAUUGGGUAUCUUUCAUGUAAGGGCACUAAAUAUGUGAGUAAGGCAGCUCCUCUUUAUGUAUUUUUGGCCUGGCAAAUAAUGGCUGAUAAACCUCCAUGUGACAUAUGCUUAAUCUCCUGUUCUAGACUCAAAUAUCAUGGCCCACCCAAAAGCAAUACAUAACUAAGAACUGCCAAAAAUUUAUCAAGAUUAUUUAUUAUAAACCAGUGGUCAAUGUUGGCAUUGCUGUGAAAGGGGGUGAGACUAUAAUAAAUUUGAUGUAUACAAUGUUAUGUAUGUUUGAAGAGAAAAAAAAAAAACAGAAUAUUGUUUUUCAUAUCAUUAAAGACUCCUCUUGGUUUUUA